AUGGACGAGCGCAAUUCGGCACGGAUCGGCAAUUCGGCCUGGCGUGUGGCGGUGCGUCGACUUUCGAUCCCCGGCUUCAAGACCGACUUGGACCUGGUGACUCUCUCCGCAGACUCUGGUGGCGGUAUCUGCGUGGAUGCGAAUGAAGUUGCUGAACGGCGGAAGCGAGUAGCACCUCUUGCGAAGCGAGAGAUGAACAUCCACAGCAAGGUACAGCAAGGUCCGCGAGAGCAGUUCAGGUCCUACGAAGGGAUGGCCAUGGAACCAUGGAAUGAUGGCGCCCGAUCGUGGGCAAUUUGA